CUCGACCUGCUCACGGCUUCGGGACACCUCCUCCAGGAAGCCGUCCUCCACCAGCCUGGUGAUCUCAUAUAUGGCUGACUUUAGGACCGUCUCCAUGACUCCCGAGAGCUGGGUCUGGAAGGUGAGAACUAGGUUCUCCGACAUACUGCUUGCGUGUGUGUCUUUUUCACAGAUCAAUUCACAGUGGGAUCUGCACCAAACAUCUGUGCUUGUGGGAGCAAGUCAGGACUGUGUGUGUGAUCCUAAAGUGAAUCUCUUCAGAAAGCCCUGUUAUUCAGAAUAAGUGGGUAGAAAUAUGCCAUGUCUAUCACUGACACAUCGCGUAUCUGUUUCUCUGUCCAACAAGAGUGACAGCUCCUCCAGCUAGCUAGCAACCAAGUGGCGAAGACAGUCCAGCGUAAAAGAGUGCAACAAAGGUUCAAUAAGACGAUCAAAUUGCAAGGUUCACAAUAUAACAGUUGUCUGGGGUCGUAUCCAGCUUGCUAAAGAAAAAUAGCUAGCUAGCUAACAUGCUACUACCAGCCGUGUUGCUAGUCAAUAAAGGGAUAUUUUGCACCAUAAUGUAUUAUUGAUUCAAAUCGUUAUUACCAAAAGGUUGAAAUCACUUGCUGAGCAUGGGGGUUGAUCGUUUUUUCCAGAUAAUAUACGGUCUGGUGGGCGGGAUGAAUCGCUUCCGUGUAGAUUUCCUGUAAAUAAUUUCCACGAUAAAUAGCCUACUAAUCAGUAUCCAGAAUUUAUAAUAAUAGCAAUAUUAUAUUUUGAACAUUAUUUACAGUAAACGUAAGAACAAACAAAGUUUUUCUUCAAAUAAAUGUCGUCUACUCUCUCCAAUGAGGAGCGUUCCAAUGUAGAUUGUCCCACUACCCGAUUCGUAGGUCUGUUUCCGGAAGUCCUGUUGUUUUGUGGAUGCUUUUUGUGUUGACUCUGUAGCUAGUUAGCUAACUACCAUAACCUUGUUUUCUCUCAAUACCUCUGUUAUUUAUAUUUAUUCGAAUAGCUUCAUAUACAGUAAAUGCUACAACUUAAAUCUCGAAAUGAUAAAAACAUGUUAUUAGGACCGCCAUGGAGAGAGACAACUCUCAACAGUAGCUAGCCUGCUAACGUAAGCUAGAUAGCUUCCUAGCCUUUUGCUAGACUGGAUCGUAACACUGACUCACCUGAACAAAAGUAGCUAAACGUUACCAACUCUUAACUGUAGCUAGCUACACAUAGACAGUUCGCUAUGAUGUCUGAAGCCAUCGUAACCUUCCAGUCUCAGCUCUCCGGAGUCAUGGAGACUGUAUUCAAGGCUGCUAUGUACGAGAUCACCAGGCUGGUGGAGGAUAGCUUCCUCAAGGAGGUGUCCCGGAGCAGGGAGCAGGUCGAGUCACUGAAGAAGCGGCUGCAGUUGUCGGAGAACAGACGUAGGGAUGGGGACAGAGAUGUCGGCCGUACGGGGAAGUGUGCGGACUGUGGGAGAGCUGACGAGGAAGCCGAGGAGAGAAGCUCUGGAACCUCACAGACAGGUGUGGAGAGGGGGCGUGGCCUGAAGCAGGAGAAGGUAUCAGGGGAGGAGUGGAGCAGCUGUGGGGGCGUGGCCAGGGAAACAGCCUUCAAUGAUCUGGAGGAGGCUGAGGCCACCAGCCCUAGGAGAAUCUCUGAGUCCACAGAGGUCGGAGGUCAGAAGCUGGACAGUCUGCUGAAAGAGGAGGCUCUCCACAACACUGAGCUACAGGAGAGAUGGGAGUUCUGCCUGGAUGGGGCCGAUGGUUCAGACGUCUCGGGGCCCAGUAAGAGUUUUAUUCAGCAGGAUCUACAGCGGUGCCAGGAUGACUGGGGGUCCGCUCUAGACCAGGGGCCUGAACCACCGGGCCCCGAGGGAGAGCCAGAGGACCCCACCGACCCUCUCUACCGUCCUCGUUACAGCAUGGAGGACCUUGGGGGCGCCUUUGAGAAGUCUGGUUACAGCGGUGAUGGUGGUAGCGACCAUCUACUAGACAUGGAAGGGCUGGAUAGGCUUCCUGGUUCGCCGUCUCGUCUGGGGGCGCUGAGCUACGGAGCUGUCGGUAACUACCAGGUGAACCUGGGGGGGUCUGAGGGGGGAGACCAUCACCAUCGCUCCCACAUGCCUCGCCCCCAUCAGAGCCGGAGGGAGCAGGUGGGGUCGCCAACGCCAUCCCCCCACCCAGAGGUGGGAGGCCGGAACUGCCUGUUGAUAAACGAGGAGGGUUACCUGCAGGACUCCAGUGUCUUGUACCCAGAACACGGGGUCCCAGAGUCAGGUAACAGAGCCAGCCACAGGGGGCUAACCUCCAUCCACUCUGGAAGCUCAGCCCACAACAACAACACAGAGAGCCUGUAUGAUGCUGCUGGCGACUUUGGACUCUCUUUAAACCUCAGAGAUCGUUCACAUGAGCAGGUAACAGGAGGAGGGGGGAGGCGUCAUGCCUGCAAUCAAUGUACCAUGACCUUCCCAGACUUUGGUUCCCUCAAGGCCCACAAGCAGACACACAAAACUGGUAGAGAGUCAGGGUCUGGGCCUCCGUACUCCUGCACCCAGUGCGGUAAGACCUUCACCCAGGCCUGCAACCUCAAGGUCCACCAGCGAGUCCACCAGGCAGAGGGACUCCACCUCUGCAGCCACUGCGGCAAGGGCUUCACCUCCUUCUCCGACCUGAAGAGGCACAAGUGCAGCCAGACCACAGACAAGCCCUACUGCUGCUCCAUCUGUGGGAACAAAUUCAGUCGGCUCUGGAACCUCAAGCUGCAUCAGCGCAUUCACACGCAGGAGAAACCCCACCGCUGCACUAUGUGUGACAAGAGCUUCACACGUGCAGACAUUUUGAAAGUGCACCUGCGCAUCCACACUGGGGAGAGACCGUACUGCUGCGCUGUGUGUGGACUCCGCUUCAAACGACUGGACCAUCUGAAGUUGCACCAGCGCAAACACAGGCCGGACCUCCUGAACUGAAUAAAAAAAACUUUAAUUUUUGUUCUUUAGCAUAUGCUUUUAUCCAAAGCGACUUACUUUUAGUGCAUUCAACUUAGUUGGUUCAUAUUAUUUUAUUUGUCAUUGAGAAAAAAAGUAUGUUUUUGAUCAAUUGUUUAUUAAUAAGGACAUUGAAAAUAUGAGCUGUUGGAAAUCUAACCAUGUGUUGAAUAAGAAUGUAUGCCUUAAAUGAUACAUUGUCUGUGAAUUGUCUGUCAUAAUGACCAUGCCAACCUACCAAACAUUAGAAUAAUACUGCUUUCAUGAAGUCUGCAGUGGUGUAAAGUACUUAAGGAAAAAUACUUUAAGUACUACUUAAGUAGUUUUUGGUGUAUCUGUACUUUACUAUUUAUGUUUUUUUACAACUUCUCCUUUUACUUCACUACAUUCUUAAAGAAAAUAAUGUACUUUUUCCCUGACACCCAAAAGUACUUGUUACAUUUUGACAGGAAAAUGGUCCAAUUCACGCACUUAUCAAGAGAACAUCCUUGGUCAUCCCUACUGCCUCUGAUCUGACAGACUCACUAAACACAAAUGCUUUGUUUGUAAAUUCAUGGCAGAGUGUUGUACUGUGCCCCUGGCUAUCCGUAAAAAAUAAAAAUAAAAAUAAUUUGUGCUGUCUGGUUUGCAAAAUAUAAGGAAUUUUAAAUUAUUCAUACUUUCACUUUUGAUACUUAAUUACAUUUGAGCAAUUCCAUUUACUUUUAAUACUUAAGUAUAUUUAAAACCAAAUACUCUUAGACUUUUACUCAAAUAGUAUUUUACUGGGUGACUUUCGGUUUAACUUGAGUCAUUUUAUAUUAAGGUAUCUUUACUUUACCUCAAGUAUGACUUUUGAGUACUUUUUCCACCACUGCAAGUCAGAAACUGGGAACCUCAAGAGUUCAAAUUAAUCUAUUUGCAUAGAGCAUCCAAUUGGUUGAUUUUGAUACUUUCCAAGUGGGAAACUUGGGUGUCAUUUCCAAGUUGUACAUUUUUGAGUUUGUUAGUUCCGACAUGUCAUGAAUGCAGCAUAUGCCUCAUAUCUUCUGUUCAUCAAGCUUGCUUUCUCCCACAGUCACUACCCAUACUGUAACCAUGCAUUUUCUUCCUGUACAUAAUACUUUAACUGAAUGAAUUGAACCUGAAUUGCCGUAAUUGUCUUUUAUGUACAAUAAAUAUUUUGCUCCCCA